AUGGCAACUGCGUUGCCCCAAAAGAAUAUCGAUGAAAUUAAAAACGUAGUGGAAAUGAUAGAAGUAUUCAAACUACUUCACAUCGAUAUAGACGAAGACAAUUUAAACCUUAAAGAAAUGAAGAAGAAAGCAAAGGAGAAGAUACAAGAGCAAAGUUCGAAUGGAACAACGGUAAGCGUUCUUCAAACAUUCAAUAUUCGUUAGGCAAAUUAUCUAAAAACGUGUGCCUGUUUGAUCACAUGCAUGACAGGCCUUUUACACCUGAUUAAUGAUCCAAACCCGUUUUAUGUGAAGAAGAACUUGCUUGACUGCUGCAAAGUCUUGCUUGACUACUUGCUUGACUACAUACCAAAGGCCAAGACCACAAGAUUCCAUUUUUUUCCAGGUCUGAACAAAACUCUCUUGCAUUUAAGACAUAUUUUAUUGUUUUGUGAAGGGAUUCUCUCUCAUAUCAAAAGCCAAGGAGGACGAUAAGUUGAAAAGGGAUAAAUUGGAAGAUAUUUAUUCCGAGGUUAAUGAUUGUCUGAAAGAUAUGGGCCAUGAUGUGGUUUCCACUUUAAACCCCUACUUUAACAAUCGUGAUAUUUUGGAAGUUCUUGGUGAACAAAGAGAUCGAUUCAAGAAAAGAGAAUAUAACCUGCUUGUUGCAGGUAAGUGCCAUUACUGUGCUACUAAAACCCAAUUGCAUGUAUAUAUACUAUAUUAUUUUUGAAACCAUAAAAAUAUGUUCACACUUCUUGUUCUAGGUGAGAGUAGUGCGGGGAAAAGCAGUUUAAUAAAUCUUAUUCUUGGCAAAGACCUCCUGCCGAACCAUCUCCUUAAUACCACCUCGACAAUAUGUGAACUGAAGUACGGGGAAGAAAGACAACUCGUCGUUCACUAUAAAUACGAUAUAGACCAACAAGUAAAACUCCCACCAAGACGUCACCCCCUGAAAACUGAGGAGGAAUCCGGGAAAAGUUAUCAAGAGCAAAUUGGCCCUUUUGUACACUUGGACCGGAUGGAAGGAAAGGGAUCCAAAUGUGAAAAAGUAGAAAUCUUUUGGCCACAUGAAUUACUCGAGGUACACCAGCCGUCUUCUUAAAAUGUUCAUAUACGUAUGGGAAAUUAGAGAUUUAGGGUGUAUGUUGCUCAAAUUAAAGUACCUUUUUGAGAUAGAAAAUUCAUGGUUUCAUCAAUCAUACAAGAAAAAUAAAACACUUUUACAGAGAGUACAUUUUAGCAUGUACUCGGGAGGUGGAUACUGCUAUUCGCGCAAUUUGGUUGCUCACCUCCGGACAUCCUUGCUCAUAUCCUUGGAUGUCCUUCAUAUCCUUGGGUGUCCUUGGAUGCAAUUUGAAAAACUCACUCGUGUAUGUUUUAUCCAAAUUGCACUCGUAACCAUGCUAUUACCUAUACUAAUAUAAUUUCAUUUUAGAAAGGUGUCGUUAUCAUUGAUAGUCCUGGUCUUGGGGAAUCUGAUCACAUGGAUCAAGUUUUGAUGAAUUAUCUUCCAAAUGCUUUUGCAUUUAUUUAUGUCAUUGACAUUUCCCAUGCUGGUGGACUGCAACAAGAUCUGAAAGAAAAGGUAAGUAUACCGAAAUAUAAUUGAAGAAACACUACAUAUAUAUAAGCUUCUCAAAUAUAUACAUCACUAAUCACAUGUGGUGAAUUAUCUUAUCAAGGUUUUCAUUGGCUAAUAAAAAUUGCGGCUCUCAGUGUAAAAUCCUUGCUGCGCGCUUAACAUUCGUCCACUUUUUAUUGACUGAAGUUUGACCCUAAAACAACCCUGAAUCCUAACCAUCUGGGUGAAGUCUUAUGUUAUUAAACAAAAGGUCUGUAGUGAUGGUUGAGGUUGUUUUAGGAUCAGGUUUGCAUAUUUGGUGUCCAUAUAUAGGACAUGAAAUUAUUACCAUGAUUCUUUCUGAUAUAGUUAUUGAAAAUCUUGGAAAAAGUUCAAUCCCUUGAAGGUGGUACUCUAAAUUGCAAAAAUCUAGCUGAGUGUUCACUUUUCGUCUGCAAUAAAUGGGAUCAAGUGAAAGAAGCUGAACAAGACAGGGUGAAGAGAUAUAUCCUCAAAACACUGAGUGAAUGGUGGCAAGACGCAAAUCUGAAUAAUAAAAUUGUGUAUAUGUCUGUACUUGACGCCAUUAAAGCACAACAAUAUGGUACUACCACCCCAGAUUUCAAUGAUUUACUUGAAAGUAUACAGCAGAUGAUCCUGAGAGCAAUAAAUAUCAGGCUGUAUAACCAUUGGAAGUAAGAUAUUUUGGGUGUUAUCAUCUUUUAUUUCUAAUAACUUUUAGAAACUUCUUGAACACCAUUGUUAGAAAAAUAUGUCGACAAGCUCGCUACACCCAUUUGCUAUGAUGAGCAGCCGAUUUGUAUAUCUGAUUUACAAAUUACAAGGCAAACUCAAGUAAAUAAGAUAUAGAUGGCAUGCGCGAAUGCUCCACCAUAUUUAAAAAUAAAACACAUGCAUGGAUUUAUUAAUCAAGGUUGGCAACUAUAUUGUUCAUUUAUAUAGCCGGAAAAAAUCGAAAGCCUUAUACGCACGUUAGGACAAGUUUUUUUCCCGACUUAUACGGAUAUUGAUUAAAUAGUCAUUUGUUUUGAAGUUUCUUUAUAAAUAAUUAAGAACAUUUUAGAGAUAAUUGUAAAUUUCAUGAAUAAUUAAUCUGGCUAAAAAGAAAUCACAAUGCAGUAUUUAGGUCACAUGUGCAAUGGAUGUCGUGUUAAAUGGAUGUUUAUGAAACCUACCAAGUUAUGAAUACUAUAAUUCAGAAGCAGGACGAUUUAUUAGAAUCAAAACGCAUACAUCACUAGAUUUACGUUGUAAAUACAUGCUAAUGAAGCGUGAGAUUGUCCCCAUGGGCAGUGAAUACUAAUAAAGUAAACAAACAAAUUAAUCUCACAAGUUCGCCAAAAUAUUCCCAACUGAUCUUUAUGGGCAUUUAACAAUGGCUCACGCUGUGCGCUCGCCACUGUAAAUGCCCAUAAAGAUCGGCCACUCAUAUAUUUUAAUUAUAGCAUAAAAUUUUAAUUACUAUAGGUGGUUGGAUUUCGUGUUGCUUAAAAUUUUCGAGUUAACCUGUUUCUACAACCGCGAGAUACAGUCAACUCGUCAAAAAACUCGUGAAAGAAUGGAUUCUAUCGAAAUUCAUAUUGCAUAUAUUGAAAAGAAAGAGCAAGAAGUAAGGGAAGAAAUGGAAGCAAGGUUGAAAGAUCAAACCAACAUCUUCUCUUCCAAGCUGAAUGAAUAUAUCCAUUCGCCAGAAUUCAAAACGAAGUUUUGCAAGUGGACCGAGGACUGUCUACCUUCAAAGAGGGAUACAUGGAUAGAAAUGAAAAACCACAUUAUGAAAUCAAUUGAAAACAGAUUUAAAGGAUUGCUUAUUGAAUGGGAAAGCGAAAAUCGAAUUUGCGCAGAAAUUCACAAGUGGUUUGUAGAAGAAUUUCUUGAAAGGUUUGACUUAUAUAAUAUACGUUGAUGUAUAUUGGCGUUGAUAUAAUGAACUAAAUAACAUAUCGUAAAAUUGAAGGUUUUAUAUUAAUGUCAUUAACAUAGGUUGAAUCUUUUGGAAGACGAGCUUGAAGGUGUUGUGAAAACGACGCAUCGUGCAGAAAAAGUUGAUUAUUCGAAUAUCAAACGUCCGUUGCCCAUGCCAGCGAAAAUUCUCUUUGGAGCAGCAAUCCCUAUCUGGUUUCCUGUUUGUGUAGCGGGCCUAAUAAUUGGCAUGCCUGUUUUAGGAGCAAUAGUCGCGAGCAAUAAAAUUUCUAAAACAAUAAAGCUCAGUAACUAUCGAAAUGAUUCGUGUGCUUACUUCGUAAAACGGUCCGAAAAGUUCCUUGCCUCUCUAAAGGAGGACGAUGUUUAUGGAUAUGCUGAAUGGCAGAUGGAGAAAACAACAGAAGUAUUGACGAAUUACACAAAUUCAAUUCCCACACUAAUUGCGACUAAACGAAAAAUGGUGUCGAAGUUGCGCAGUGAAACACGAAGCCAAAACGAAGUAAUACAACAGUAUACUCCAAUUCAGCAGAAAAGUUUGGAGGUACGAAAGAAUAUGAUACCCUUAGGAAUCAAGCUUUGUUCAACAACAGUGGAUGCACGUGAUCUUGAUUGGAAAGAAGACAUGGAUUUAUGCAUUGGAGAAGGAGAGUUUUCCCGCGUGUACCGUGGAAAGCUGAACAAUGGUGGAAGAAUAAAAACGCUGGAUCCGAAUCUUCCUUUAGAUGUGGUGGUGAAAGUAUUCAAGCAGCCGUUCGAUUAUCCAAAUUUAAGAUUAUAUCUCAAUGAGGAAAUGGAGAUCAGGUAGGCAUUGUAAAUCAAAGACUUGCUUGACAAUGAUAAACGGUAUAAAUUGAUCUAAAUAUUGUCAAACAAAGUCGAUGAUACAGCGUAUUUCCUCUAUUUAGCCGCCAACCCCCCUCCCAACAAGUCCCGAGGUGUUAAUAAAAAAUAAGCAUUCACUCUGCAUUUGUCCUCAUUUUCAAUUACUCAAAUACCAGAAAUAUUCAUUUCACAAAAUUAAACCAUUUCUUUAUAAUUAUAUCUAUCAAUUAUAUCUAACUUCCAGGAUACGACUGCGUACAGGUUUUUUUAUUUUUAUGGCUUAUCGGGUGAUGCAAGUCAUUGGAUAAAAAAAAACCUGCAACUGAUCCGAGCACUAUUGUACUAUUACACUUAUUUUUUUGCUGUAGGCAUUUGGAUCACAAGAAUGUUGUCAAGUUUUUCGGGGCACUGAAAGUGAAUAUUUCCCGCCAGUCCAAAGAUCACAAAUUUGUGUUUGUGAGGACAUUCUGCCAGGAAAAUCUGAGGAGUGUUAUUUUCAACGAUAAAAGCGUACCACCUGCACAAGCUUCCAACAGCAAUCAAGCAAUUGACGCGUUUCUCAAAUGGGCGAUACAGAUUGCGGAUGGGUUAAACUACAUCCAUGAGCGGGGCCUCAUUCACAGGCAUCUCAAGCUGGAAAAUAUUUUGGUUUGUAUCAACUUAACCUCUUCCCUAAACUUUUAUUCCUUAGUCACAGAGCCCUGGCCAUUGUCAGACUUGUCAAUAUCCAGUCUCUAAACGAGAACAAGAUUGCCUCAUAUGUACAAAUACAUUGUCUUAUUUGCUUUUCAAGUUUCGUGUUCAAAACGAAUGGCUUUAAUUUCCAAUAUUAUUUGAAAUGAAGAACAGUAAACCCCAAAAUUUAAACGCUUUGUAGAGGGAUAUAGUUUAGAGGGAACUCCAUUUCAGAAUCCUGGCUAAAAGCCUUAUAAGGGCUCGUUUUUAGAUGAAAAAAUUUACUAAGGCGUCUCUUUGUUAAUAAUCCACUCAGAUGUUGAUUAGACCGAGUUUUUCCUCACUAUUUUUUGUUAAACAUACAUUGUGUCGUGCUUCAACGAAAUGAAAAUGCAAUUUUACGUGUAAACAAAUAAACGUCCUUCCCUCUCCUUUAAGCCCCUCCCCCAAAGGUGCUUGAAAAUAACGAACCCCUUCCCAGAGGUUUAAUUGAAAGACUAUAUGGUAUGAAUUAAAACCAACGAGAUGGAGUCUUCUAAAAUGUAAAACUUUAAUGCUCUCCCCUAGAUGAAUAAAGAUGGUAGAGCAAUGAUAACAGAUAUUGGGAUUCUCGGUCAAUUUAAGGAAACAGAGAAAAGCAUUAUUUAUCUUGCGCCUGAAGUGCUUGCAAACCUGGAGACACGCAGAAAGGAAGCAGAUAUUUACAGUUACGGCAUUAUGUUGUGGGAGAUGUGGUAUGGCAUCCAGGCGUUCACAGAACUCAUGCCACUCAACAAAACCACAUUUCAAGAAAAGAUUGCUGCCGGGUAUCGUCCCAUCAAGUCUGUCACGACGAUCGUUUUACCAGGAAUUCACGCCAUCAUGAAAGGCUGCUGGCAGUCCCUUGCAUUUGAAAGACCUCGAGCCAAAGAGUGCUACGACGCUUUUCAGGACAUUUUGAACAGCCGUGAUGUAACAGAAGACACAUCUGACGAGUCUUCUAUAUAGAUUAGAUCUACAUUAGAUCAAUAUAGACGAAGGUGAAAAUAUAAACACUAAUGAGACUGCAAUUCAUUGAACCGAACAUUAAUUAAGAACGCAAUUAGUUAGGGCCAAAUUAAGGCCUGCAGUAUAUAACUAACGUAUAAAUAAAUUAAACACAGCCAGUAUAAUGCAUAUGUAGAAUUAAGGAACCAUGAGACAGCCUGGUUUGGCGACGGUUCAAUAUUGAUUAUUGAAACAAAUUUGUUGUUACCACAUUUCAAAAUUCCAUGGUAAAAAUGAAAAAAAAUUUAAAAAUCCACCCCUGACCAUGGUCAAUCUGAAGCACCUGUGUAGAAACUAGAAAGACCUUUCUCAGUAGAAUUACUGUGCAGUGUGCACACUUCACAAUUAUAAUAUUAUUCAACAUGAACCCUAUAGGUAGUACAUUAUAUGUAUGUACUGUACUGCACUGUAUUGUACUGAUACAAAUAAAUAUGUAUGCGACGCAACUGUUUUUUAAUAAGUUUGUAAAUGCUUAUUAUCUCUAUACGAGUGUGGGCGUGACUUUAAUUAGUUCCCUGACAAAUUUAUAAAGUAGUAUUAGUUUUUGCAACAUUAACACCUACAGAAUAAGUAAUACUUUCCAGUUUAAAAAGCAUGAAAUAUCCGUUAAAUGGGUCCUUUGUUCAAAAAUGUUUCCAAAAUGGGUUGCUUCUUUCCAGAUUAAACAAGCCACUGUAAACAAUUAUUUGUAGAACCAUUGAUAAUAAAAUAAAUUUAUUUUAUUAUCCAUGGUAGAACUUACAAUGACUUUAAAAAAAGUUAAAAUAUUUGAUAGUUUGUUAAGUAUACAACAAAAGUUUUACAUUGUAUGUCCAUUGCCGCUCCAGUGGUUGGUUUGUAGGUUGAAACCAAAGUUCUGGACAUACAUGUAGGUUUUCCUUUUCUCACCAACUUAAGGGUGAGUAAAAAGUAAAUGUCUAUAUAGUGUUGAUACAAACAUGCACUCGUUACUGUAUGUGAAGGAGCAAUUAGUUCCUUUUUUCUGACGCUAAUUUUCGCGCUGUUCACUUUCAUCGCCAGUAAGAGGUGAUUGUUUCAUCAUCUUUAAUGCGGACAUCAAGUAAAUGUAGAAAUGUACCAACUUUGUCUAAUGACAUUUUAGACAAAAAUAAAGCACUUUAGUUGAAUUUAUAGGAUAUGGGGAAAAUCAGCAAAGCUUAAAGAAUGAAUUCCGAUUUAUAUUCUUCAUGAUUCUCUUUUAGAUUUCAGUCAUAGUUUUGGCGAAAAUUGACUGGAUCAAGUUAAGGUUACAGGACACCCUUUUGGCGUUUUGUGGAAAAUCGCUACUGCGCGCUCAAAAUCAGUCCGAUUUUCAUGGCAUUUUCACCAAAUGUUAGCCAGUGCAUGCAAAAUAUGAUAAAAUUGUAAAAUUGACAAACAAUAAAAUAAUGUAAGAAUUAUUCGGGAAAAUCUUAAGUCGCGGUACCUUUACGCUUUUGAGUUAUGUUCCUGCUGGUUUUACGAUAUAUUGUAAGUUGUGAGUUGGGCAAACUUGUGAGUUGGACAAAGUAAAAGAGGUAAUAGAUUAUAACUUUGCUCUCAAACUGCAGAUUGGCUCAAGAUUGUUUUGUAUUCAAUUAAUGGCACUGCUCUGUUUAAUUGACUGUAUCAAGUCGAGUGCUAUCAGUGGGCGGGUGGAACAGAACUUUGAAAAUCUGAAAUCUAAAAGAGUAAAAGAAAUACAAAUCUGACGACGUUUUUCUAACCAUUCCACACAAUUGACUCCAGGGUCUAGAAGUGCUUACGUCACGCAGUUUUCAUCAUUAGGUACACGCAAUGCAAUGUGGGAUACAUGUGGGUCAAAUGUUUAUCAGUGACGUGACGUAAGAACUUCUAAGGUCAAUUGUCAUAAUUAUUUUCUUAAGAGAUUGAAAAUCUUUUUAACUCAACAAAAACCCUAACCUCACCAUUAAGGGCGUCUAAGCUCGGGAGUUUCACCAUCAUGUUUCACCGCAUCUUCCUUGUGACAAGAAAAAGUUAUACUGAACAUCAACUGGUCUGAAUACAGAUCAACAGUUCUGAAUAUAAAGAGUUUUUUCCUCGACUGACUUUAUUAUGGGUAUUGAAAAGUCACUAUAUUGUUUCUUUUGCGUUUAAGAAUAAACAUUUUGUGUUUUCUUGGAUAUUUAUAUAUAUGAAACACUAAGAAUGGUUCUCGCACAUGUAGUGUAUCGUAUCGCCAGGGUGAAAAGUUAGGAUUUUUCGUGUGACGAAGAUUUAAUUACGCCAAAGAACUUAUUCUGCGUUGUAUACUAUUGUAUUCUAUUAAGAUCGGCUCUGAUGUAUGCCAAUUGCCGGCAAAAUGAGCUGGGGUGGUAACGUGAUGUUAGCAUAUAGGAGCAUGUUAUAUAUAGGGGCAUGUUACAUAUAUAGGGGCAUGUUACAUAUAGGGGCAUGUUACAUAUAUAGGGGCAUGUUACAUAUAUAGGAGCAUGUUACAUAUAGGGGCAUGUUACAUAUAGGCCCGGGCAUGUUACAUAUAGGGGUAUGUUACAUAUAGGGGUAUGUUACAUUUAACAAAUAUAAAACAUUUUCCGUGUUGAUAUACAGUUAUAUCAACACGAGUGGGAAUUGGGAAAACGAGAAAUUGUGUGGAAACACGACGCCCGAAGGGCGGAGUGUUUUCACACAAUUUCGAGUUUUCCCAACUUCCACGAGUGUUGAUAUAACGAUAUAUCAAUACGGAAAAAAUGUUUUAUAUUUGUUUUAUAAUAUAGCAAUGUCAAAAGCCCGAAGAAUAAGAAAAAUUUCCGUGUUUACAAGCGGCGGAAAAUUUCCCGUGUUGACAUGGAGUUAUAUCAACACGGCUCUUAGCCAAUCAGCGUUCAGAAUUUACAAAUGCUAUAUUAUAAAUUGGUAUAUGUUACAUAUAGGAACAUGUUACAUAUAGGGGUAUGUUACAUAUAGGGGUAUGUUACAUAUUGGUGUAUGUUACAUAUAGGGACAUGUUACAUAUAGGGGUAUGUUACAUAUAGGGGUAUGUUACAUAUUGGUGUAUGUUACAUAUAGGGGCAUGUUACAUAUAGGAGCAUGUUACAUAUAGGGGCAAACAUAAUGACGCAAUGUUUAAUGACAGAGAAAGUAACGUAAUAUCUUACCUUACGUUACAUAUAGGGGCGUGCGUAAAAACCGUAUGAGCACCUUAUGUUACAAAUAGGGGCAGGGACGAAAACCUUACGUUGUAACUAUAACUUCCAAGCCAGUCCCUAUUUGUAACAUAAGGUUUUCACACGAAAACCUUACGUUGUAACUAUUACUUUCAAGCCAGACCCUAUUUGUAACAUAAGGUUUUCACGCCUGCCCCUUUGUUUAACAUAAGAUGUUCACACCUAAAUCAGUGUAAGAUUAGGUUUUCACGCCGUUAGCAUGUUCCUCCAAUACACUUUUAUACAAAAUAAUCAAACAAAACCCUAUAAUAAUUAUAUAUCCAUAAAAACAAUCAACAUUAUUUUCUCACUCUGGUAUAUAAUUGGCCGAUGAAACUUAUAAACACAAUACUGUAGACUAUUUUUGGUUUUGCAAGCUAGGAAUUUUUUAAAACAGCAGGACACAAAAAAUGACACUGUCCUUUUAUUGUUCGUAUCUCUAAUACUUAGAAAUUGGAAUUAUUGGAUUGUGUUUCUUUGUAUUGAUAACUUUUUCCUGUCGUGAUUCGUGAUGAGCUUCGACAGUUGACAGUCCUCGAAUUUCAGAUUGGAAUUUUCAGUCAGGUAUGUAUUGCAACUAUCAGAGUGUUUAAUUCCGGCAUAACAAAAACUGUGGAAUUCUUGCAACUUUCGAUACAUUAAAACUCCUUUGGCGUAAUAAUACGCUUCCGUGAUUAGUAUGUAGAAUACUCUUCCAUCCAUAUUUAAAACGAAAAUCUGCACCUACGUUUUGUAGGUAAUUUAUGAUAUCAUAAUAUACGAUAUAAACACGGUUUUUCCAUGAUAAAAUCGGCAAGACACACCUAUGAAUUGCUACAAAUUGAGAAAUAGUGAAAAGGAAACACAGAAUAAGCGGUCAAGCCUUUGUAUAUAAACAUGCAGGAAAUGAAAUAAACUUCUAUUUUAUGUACAAGUCGUAAGUAAUGUCUGCGAAUUUGUUCAAAUUACUUCGAAUUCGGGAAUCUUCAUAAUACAGUACGCUAUAAUGUGGAUUGUAUUGACAGAAAGAAAAAUAUCUAUGAUCAAUAUAAUAUGCAUGCAUGAUUUUAAAAUUAGUCGCUGAGCUAGAAGUUUCGAAAUGAAGGCUGAAAUUUGUGCACAGGUACAGGAGGGUAAAAUUAGUAUUGAAUGCUUGCAUGCAUGUACAGGCUAUUGUUUCAAACUAUGUCCACGUUUAAAAUCUUCCUGGAGGAAUUAACCAGAGUGGUAGUCAGAAGAUUAACAAGUUCGGCAAUUUAAUGAAAUUGGGAAUCUCAGGAAUUUCAAGCGUACCGUACCGAAACGUAUCAAAAACUAAUUUAAAUUUCAAAAUUUAGUGAAUGUUAAUUGGUUAGUACUUCCGUAGUACGCCAAAAAGUUGACUUGCGACAAACUUUUCACUUUUUAUACGCAUGCAUUUACACCAUCAGGAAGUCUUUGAAAAGCCCCUAUGGGCAAAGAUUAAUAAAACUGUAUGUAUAUGAAGUACGUGCAUGGAUCUAUCAACCUCUUUCUAAUCAUCACCUCCGCGAUGUCAUAUAUAUGUAAUAGUUCAAAUACGAGUAAGUGUUCUUCCUCUGAUUUCCAAAUACAGACAAGUCGGUUGAAAAUACGAGGCGAAGCCGAGUUUUUUAACCAGCUUGUCUUUGUAUUUAGAAAUCAGAGUUUGAACUUACUUCUCAAACGAACCCGUAUUUUAAGAGGAAAUGGAGAUUAAAGUUGGCGAAAAUCGGCUGCAAUUUUUGCUCCGAUUUCUAAGUACUGAUUAAAUAUUUCUUUCUUUUGAAUUUUCUCAUGAAUUAUUAAUAAGUUUGAGAAUUUCAUGGAAAAUAUAUCGACGAUAAAUAGUCAUUAAGUCAAUAUAACGAUGAUAAAGGGUCAGAAUUUAUUUGAAUAUUUAUCAUUGCAACAAUCUUUUUUUAAAUAGCUGCAUGCAUGGACAAAAGCAAUAUCAGUGACAUAUCGCGUAUGUCACCUUGUUAUCGCCCUGAUAAAGGCACAUGUAUGUGAUAAAUAUAGGUUAUCAUAAACGGGGCGCGGCGAUAUCAGUUCUAUCCCUUUCAGAACGAUAUAAUGUCCUUCCUUCGCUGUGCUUACUCAUUUAUGCAUGAUAUCGUCCCUCAAGGGCUAAAACUGAUAUUGCCUCGCCCCUCAUAUAAUAACCUAUAUUUACCUGAUGCUUGUGAUGUUACUCUGAGUGUGUAUCCACACCGAGUAAGCUUGAAAAAUAUGCCUGGCCACGGUGGGAAUCGAACCUACGACCUUUGGAAUACUAGCCCAAUGCUCUGCAAACUGAGCUACGCGGUCAGGUCGGUUCGAGUAUGUCUGUAUGUGAUAUUUCAGAACCGAGUCUAGUUCCUUCGAUACAAAUGUAAUCUACCUCGUUGAUAUCAAUGUAAUUUACCUCUUUGUUGUAAACAAUUAAGAUGUUAACGGGAAAUAUUUUUCAACACAUAGAAGUUACAACAGACCAGUGACUAAGCGAACAAGUUUCUCACAUCCCACAACACAUGCAAGCAUGGCAACUGCGGUGCCCCAAAAGAACAUCGAUGAAAUUAAAAGCGUGAAGGAAAUGAUAAAACUAUUCGAACUACUUCACAUCGAUUGCGACGAAGAAAAUUUAAACCUUAAAGAAAUGAAGAAGAAAGCAAAGGAGAAGAUGAAAGUUCAAAGUUCGAAUGGAACAACGGUAAGCGUACUUCAAACAUUCAAUAUUCGGCAAAUUAUCUAAAAACUUGUGCCUGUUUGAUCAUGUGCAUGGCAGGCCUUUUAUAUCUGAUUAAUGAUCCAAGCCCGUUUUAUGUGAAGAAGAACUUGCCUGAAUACUGCAAAGUCUUGCUUGACUACUUGCUUAUAAGUUGACUACUUGCUUGACUAUAUACCAAAAGCCAAGACCACAAGAUUCCAUUUUUUUCCAGGUCUGAAUAAAACUCUCUUGCAUUUAAGACAUAUUUUAUUGUUUUUUUUGAAGGGAUUCUCUCUCAUAUCAAAAGCCAAGGAGGACGAUAAAUUGAAAAGGGAUAAAUUGGAAGAUAUUUAUUCCGAGGUUAAUGAUUGUCUGAAAGAUAUGGGCCAUGAUGUGGUUUCCACUUUAAACCCCGACUUUAACAAUCGUGAUAUUUUGGAAGUUCUUGGUGAACAAAGAGAUCGAUUAAAGAAAAGAGACUAUAACUUGCUUGUUGCAGGUAAGUGCAAUUACUGUGCUACUAAAACCCAAUUGCAUGUAUAUUAUAUUAUAUUAUUUUUGAAACCAUAAAAAUACCGUUUACAUUUGUUCUAGGCGAGAGUAGUGCGGGAAAAAGCAGUUUAAUAAAUCUUAUUCUUGGCAAAGACCUCCUGCCGAACCAUCUCCUGAAUACCACCUCGACAAUAUGUGAACUGAAGUACGGGGAAGAAAGACAACUUGUCGUUCACUAUGAAUACGAUAUAGACCAACAAGCAAAACUCCCACCUAAACAUCUUCCCCUGAAAACCAAGGAAGAAUCCGGGAAAAGUUAUCAAGAGCAAAUUGCGCCUUUUGUGCACUUGAACAGGAUGUAGGGAGGAAAGGGAUCCAAUUGCGAUAAAGUAGAAAUCUUUUGGCCACAUGAAUUACUCGAGGUACACUAGCCGUCUUCUUAAAAUGUUCAUAUACGUAAAGGAAAUUAGAGAUUUAGGGUGUAGGUUGCUCAAUUUAAAGUAACUUUUUGAGAUAGAAAAUUCAUGGUUUCAUCAAUCGUACAAUCACACAAGAAAAAUAAAACACUUUUACAUGCAAAGAGUACAUUUUAGCAUAUACUCGGGAGGUGGAUACUACUAUUCGCGCAAUUUGAUUGGUUGCUUACCUCUGGAUAUCCUUGCUCAUUGGGUGUCCUUCAGACUCGUGCUAUUUUCAUGCAAUUUGCAAAACUCACUCGUGCAUGUUUUUUAUCCAAAUUGUACUUGAAACCAUCCUAUUACCUAUACUAAUAUAAUUUCAUUCUAGAAAGGUGUUGUUAUCAUUGAUAGUCCUGGUCUUGGGGAAUCUGGUCACAUGGAUGAAGUUUUGAUGAAUUAUAUUCCAAAUGCUUUUGCAUUUAUUUAUGUCAUUGACAUUUCCCAUGCUGGUGGACUGCAACAAGAUCUGAAAGAAAAGGUAAGUAUACCGAAAUAUAAUUGAAGAAACACUACAUAUAAGUUUCUCAAAUAUAUACAUCACUAAUCACAUGUGGUGAACUAUCUUAUCAGCGUUUUCAUUGGCUAAUAAAAAUUGCGGUCCUCAGAGUAAAAUCCUUGUUGCGCGAUCAACAUUCGUCCGACUUUUUAUUGACGAAAGUUUGACACCAAAACAACCCUGAAUCCCAACCAUCAUGGUGAAAUCUUAUAUUAUUAAACAUUGGGGUUGUUUUAAGAUCAGGUUUGCAUAUUUGGUGUCCAUAUAGGACAUGAAAUUAUUAACCAUGAUUCUUUCUGAUAUAUAUAGUUAAUGAAAAUCUUGGAAAAAGUUCAAUCGCUUGAAGGUGGUACUCAAAAUUGCAAGAAUCUGGCUGAAUGUUCACUUUUCGUUUGCAAUAAAUGGGAUCAAGUGGAAGAACAUGAACAAGACAGGGUGAAGAGAUAUGUCCUCAAAUCACUGAGUGAAUGCUGGCAAGACGCAAAUCUGAAUAAUCAAAUUGUGUAUAUGUCUGUACUUGAAGCCAUUAAAGCACAACAAUAUGGUACUACCACCCCAGAUUUCAAUGCUUUACUUGAAAGUAUACAGCAGAUGAUCCUGAGAGCAAUAAAUACCAGGCUGUAUAACCAUUGGAAGUAAGAUAUUUUGGGUGUUAUCGUUUUUUAUUUCUAAAAACUUUUAGAAACUUCUUGAACACCAUUGUUAGGAAAAUAUGUCGACAAGCUCGCUACACCCAUUUGCUGUGCGAGCAGCCGAUUUGUUUAUCUGAUUUACAAAUUACAAGGCAAGCUCAAGUAAUAAAAUAAGAUAUAGAUGGCAUGUGUGAAUGCUCCACCAUAUUAAAAAAAUAGGUACGCUAGGCGUACAUGUAUCUGCGCAAAAUGUUGACUGUAUCCAGCCACCAUGCAGCUGUUAUGCAGUUGCCAUGUUCCCUAGCCAGUGGGCUAAUGAGAGGCGUUCACCCCCCCCCCCCUUGAACGCCUGUCAUUUUUUUUCUGGAGGAUGACUAUCUUUCCUCAGUGCACUGGCUAGGAACAUGGCGGCAGUUGCAAUUGCGCCAACAUCAAAGGUUCGGACAAGGAGUCGGAUUUUGAUCUGUACAUGUACUCUGCGGCAUCAUGUUCGAUUCCUCUGCCUGCCUCUUCUCCCUACACCUUUUAAAAAAUUAGUUUGUAAGACAGAGAUCAUAAAAAGGAUAAAUUGAACAAAAAUAAUGAAUUUGAACUCAUGAAUGAGGUAGCCCCAGCUAAAUCUUGAAAAGAAGUACCUCUCCUAAAAGCAUGCUACCUGUAGUAGUUAAAACAGUUAAUAACUGUAGAGUAUCAUUAAUCAUAUACGCAAUGACUAAGUUAUCGGUAAAUUUCAUCAGUGGUAAAUUUACAACUGACAAUCAAUACAAUUUCCAUGAGUUGCAAUAAUUAUGUCUGGCAAAUGUGAUCGACUAUUGCUGUUUUGGCAAAUAUUGUUUGAAUAAAAAAAUUAAGCUGGUUGCCAAAUGAUAAGUACUAGAUAAAACAUUCGCAUCCAAUCUGUAUCGGCAAAGACCACUAGACUUCACUUAGUUUACACAUGUCUAUGACGCUACGCCGGCUAUUAGCACUCCGGUAAAAAUUUACUACGUUUCUGGUAUUGAGACUAGAUUGUGUUUACACUAUAUUCUAUAACAGAGUGGUUUGCCGUAGCGUAUUAACUGCGGACCACUACAUUUGCCACUCUGGAUGCAAAUCACUACGCUACGGUAAAUUUGCCGUAUAGCGUCAUAGUGUAAACGCGGCCUUGGCUUAGUAUCAGUUUUCACAUGCGAAAUUUAUCUUUGUAUUUCCACGUUUUACUUUGCAACAUAACAGUAUUUCUUCGACUAUAAUGAAUAUAAACUUUGUGGCCGAUUACCACAGUAUGUUUUAAAUGUUUCUGAUACUAGUGUAUUAAAAGUCGUUGUGUGAUUGUGUGAACAUUUUUGAUGUCGAGUGUUGUUUUUAAAAACCUUUGUUUAAUGCAGACAUUAGCAUCAAUGAUAAGACUUGGCAUCACGAAAAUCUAAAUGUUUUGCUAUAAUUUUUAAUAUUUGCCACUGAUGUCCAUGAUACUAUGGAUUUCGAACUAGCGUUUCAGCCCUUUAAUUUACGUAUAUUCACUCCAUCAAAGGCGGCAAUUUUGAAUUUAUUGAAUAUGAUCAGUAUAUCCAUCCAGUUACAUUUUUUUACGGUUUUGCAAAAUAUAGAGAUCAAAAUGACACACGUGAUGCUGAUCGCUGUCGCUGAUUGGCUCCGGGCUAACACACGGUCUAGACGAUGGCAAUGUAUCUGCGCUAACGCAGAUACAAAAACUAAAACUGUCUGUACCAGUGUUGGUAGUACCAUUGUACCAAUGUGAAAAUGCUGUGCUGAGUGGUUAUAUUACUACCUUAAAAAAUAAGCAGAAACUCGACGUUUCGAGCGAAGGCCCUUCGUCAAGAGUUAGUAGACGAAGGGCCUUCGCUCGAAACGUCGAGUUUCUGCUUAUUUUUUAAGGUAGUAAUAUAACCACUCAGCACGGCAGAUACAAAAACGCAUACAUACAUGAAUUUAAUCAAGGUUGGCAACUAUUUUGGUAAUAUUGUUCAUUUAUAUAGCCGAAAAAAAAUCGAAAGCAUUAUACGCACGUUAGGACAAGAUUUGUUUCCGACUUAUACGGAUAUUGAUAAAAUAGUAAUUUGUUUUGAAGUUUCUUUAUAAACAAUUAAGAACAUUUUAGAGAGAAUUGUAAAUUCAUGAAUAAUUAAUAAGGCUACAAUUAAGAAAUUACAAUGCGGUAUUUAGGUCACAUAUGCAAUGGAUGUCAUGUUAAAGGGAUCUUUAUAUGAAAGUUAUGAAUACUGUAAUUCAGAAGCAGGACGAUUUAUUAGAAUCAAAACGUAUGUACCACUAGAUUUACGUUGUAAAUACAUGCUAUUAUAAAAUAACAUGUAUAUAACGCGUAUUCUGAUUGGUCGAAAGCCGUGUUUGGAUCAGGCCAUCCAAACACGGAAGACUACCGUGUUGUUGUUAUUUUAUAAAACAAUUACUUUAUGGUUUCCGUGUUUGGAUGGACUGAUCCAAACACUUGGGAAUGUUGCCCGAGUUAAGAAAAGCGGGCAAAAUCACUCGCCUUCGGCUCGUGAUUUCGCUCGCUUUUCUUAACUCUCGCAACAUUCCCGCGUGUUUGGAUCAGGCCAUCCAAACACGGAAACCAUAAAGUAAUUGUAUAAUGAAGCGUGAGAUUGUCCCCAUAGCAUGGGAUACUAAUAAAGUAAACAAAUAAAUUAAUUUUACAAGUUCGACAAAAUAUUCACAACUGAUCGUUAUGGGCAUUUAACAAUGGCUCACGCUGUGCGCUCGCCACUGUAGUCUGUAAAUGCCCAUAAAGAUCGGCCACUCAUAUUUUAACUAUAACAUAAAAUUUUAAUUACUAUAGGUUGUUGGAUUCCGUGUUGUAUAAUAUUUUCAAGUUAACCUAUUUCUACAACCGCGAGAUACAGUCAACUCGUCAAAAAACUCGUGAAAGAAUGGAUUCUAUCGAAAUUCAUAUUGCAGAUAUUGAAAAGAAAGAGAAAAUAGUAAGGGAAGAAAUGAAAGCAAAGUUGAAAGAUCAAACCAAGUUCUUCUUUUCCAAGCUGAAUGAAUAUAUCCAUUCGCCAGAAUUCAAAACGAAGUUUUGCACAUGGACCGGCUGUCUACUUCCAAUGAUUAAGAAUGGAUGGGUAGGAACGAAAGAGCACAUCAUGAAAUCAAUUGGAUACAGAUUUAAAGAAUUGCUUAUUGAAUGGGAAAGCAAAAAUCGAAUUUGCGCAGAAAUUCACAAGCAACUUGUAGAAGAAUUUCUAAAAAGGUUUGACUUUAAUAUAUAAAAACGUUGAUGUAUAUUGGCGUUGAUAUAAUUAACUAAAUAACAUAUCGUAAAAUUGAAGGUUCUUUUCUUUAUUAAUGUCAUUAACAUAGGUUGAAUCUUUUGGAAGACGAGCUUGAAGGUGUUAUGAUAACGACGCAUGGUGCAGAAAAAGAAAUUAAUUAUUCGAAUACCAAUAGUCCGUUGCCCAUGCCAGCGAAAAUUCUCGUUGGAGCAGCAAUGCCUGUCUGGGUUCCUGUUGGUGUAGUGGGCCUAAUAAUUGGCAUGCCUGUUUUAGGAGUGAUGGCCGUGACCAAUAAAGUUUCUAAAAUAAUGAAGCUCGGUAACUAUCGAAAAGAUCCGUGUGCUUACUUGGAAAAACAGUCCGAAAAGUUCCUUGCCUCUCUAAAGGAGGACGAUGUUUAUGGAUAUGCUGAAUGGCAGAUGGAGAAAACCACAGAAGUAUUGAAGAGUUACACAAAUUCAAUUCCCACACUGAUUGCGACUAAACGAAACAUGGUGGCGAAGUUGCGAAGUGAAAGACGAAACCAAAACGAAGUAAUACAACAGUAUACUCCAAUUCAGCAGAAAAGUUUGGGGGUACGAAAAAAUAUGAUACCCUUAGGAAUCAAGCUUUGUCCAACAACAGUGGAUGCACGUGAUCUUGAUUGGAAACAAGACAAUGAGUCAUUCAUUGGAGAAGGAGAGUUUUCCCGCGUGUACCGUGGAAAGCUGAAGAAUGGUGGAAGAAUCAAAACGCUGGAUCCGAAUCAUUCUUUAGAUGUUGUGGUGAAAGUAUUCAAGCAGCCGUUCGAUUAUCGAAAUUUAAGAUUAUACCUCAAUGAGGAAAUGGAGAUCAGGUAAGCAUUGUAAAUCAAAGACUUGCUUGCAAUAUUGUCAAACAAACACUGAAAAAAAAAGUGAAAUCCAUACUACGAAAUUUGCAUUUGCACCACUAAAUCCAUAGUAUAUCCAUCCUAUUUCCAUACUAUGAAAAUAUACAAUUAUCAUGGAUAACCAAAAUCCAUUCUAUUUCCAAUAAAGGUCCAUACAUGUUUGUGUGAUGUUACUCUGAGUGUAUAUCCACACCGGGCAGGCUUGAAAAAUAUGCCUGGCCACGGCGGGAUUCGAACCUACGACCUUUGGAAUACUAGCCCAAUGCUCUUCCAACUGAGCUACGUGGGCUAGUACUCCAAAGGUUGUAGGUUCGAAUCCCGCCGUGGCCAGGCAUAUUUUUCAAGCCUGCCCGGUGUGGAUAUACACUCAGAGUAACAUCACACAAACAUCUUAUUCACCUGAGUACAUUACACCAACACAGCAGAUUUCAAGGUCCAUACAAUUUCCAUUCUUUGACCUUCUAUGGAUUUUCAAAAGUCGAUCAUACAGCAUAUUUCCUCUAUUUAGCCGCCAGCCGCCCUCCCACAAGACCCAGUCGCGAGGUGUUAAUAAAAAAUAAGCAUUCACUCUGCAUUUGUCCUCAUUUUCAAUUACUCAAAUACCAGAAAUAUUCAUUUCACAAAAUUAAACCAUUUCUUUAUCAAUUAUAUCUAUCAAUUAUAUCUAACUUCCAAGAUACGACUGCGUACAGGUUUUUUUAAUUUUUAUGGCUUAUCGAAUAUCGGGUGAUGCAAGUCAUUGGAUAGAAAAACCCUGCAACUGACCUGAGCACUAUAAUAAUACUAUUACACUUAUUUUUUUUUAUUUUUUACUGUAGGCAUUUGGAUCACGAGAAUGUUGUUAAGUUUUUCGGGGCAAUGAAAGUGAAUAUUUCCUACCAGUCCAAAGAGCACAAAUUUGUGUUUGUGAGGACAUUCUGCCAGGCAAAUCUGAGGAGUAUUAUUUUCAGCGAUAAAAGCGUAACACCUGCACAAGCUUCCAACACUGAUCAAGCAAUUUACGCGUUUCUAAAAUGGGCGAUAGAGAUUGCGGAUGGGUUAAACUACAUCCAUGAGCGGGGCCUCAUUCACAGGCAUCUCAAGCUGGAAAAUAUUUUGGUUUGUAUCAACUUAACCUCUUCCCUAGACUUUUAUUCCUCAGUCAGAGAGCCAUUGUCAAUAUCCACGGUCUCUAAACAAGAACAAGAUUGCCUCAUAUGUACAAAUACAUUAUCUUAUUCGCUUUUCAAGUCUUGUAUUUAACAUUUCAAAACGAAUGGCUUUAAUUUCCAAUAUUAAUUGAAAUGAAGAAACCCAAAAUUUAAACGCUUUGCAGAGGGAUAUGGUUUAGAAGGACACCCAUUUUAGAAUCCUGGCUAAAACAGGGUUCGUAGUCUCCAAGACAAAAAAUAUUCAAAGACUUUCAAUAAUAAUAAUAAUAAUAAUGACCUUUAUUUGUACCCUUUACAACAACAAAAAAUAUAAACAUUUUACACAAUUAAUGAUUAAAUAAAAUGGGUACUAGCUACUUAAAAUAACCAUAAGGCUAGAGACCAAGCAGCUAAUAAAUAUUGAUAUGAAUAUAAAUUAUCAGUAGGUCGUAACACAUAUAUAGUAGAAAAACAAACACACAGACGAAUACACACACACACCUAGACAAGGCUAUUUAUAUAAAUCUUACAUAGGUAGAAUUUAAUAUACAAUUAUUAGAAAUUAUAUAAGAUUAAUAUAGAAAUAUAAUAGUUGAAAACUUAAAAAUAUUAUGGACAAUAAAGACUCAAAAAGUCAAUAUUUGAGGAAAAAUAUUUCCAGAAUUUUCUUUUUAAACUGAUAAGCAGACAGCAAUUUUAUAUUAUUGUCAAUUGAGUUCCAUAUCUUAGCUCCUUGCAAUCUAAUAUUAAAUACUCCUUAAUUUGUCCUUUAUACUGUGUCAAGAAAGUAAUAUCUCUUAGAGGCUAGUCGUGUGUUAUAGUUAUGAAUCUGAUUCAAAGAUUUUUUCUGCCUAAUUUCAAAGACUUUUCAAAGACCUUUGAGAGCAAUCAGCUGUCGAUAAAUUGCGAGUGUAAGCACCAUUUUAACUAGCCUGUGUUCCAGUCCACUACACCGUUGUAGUACACACAACGGUGUAGUGGACUGGAACACAGGCUACAUUUUAACCCAAUAAUUAGUCCCGUCAAAUCACAUCCUAAAAUGCACCUUUUCGUCGAUAUUUGUGAACAUCUCCCUUCAAUCAAUCUCUUUUAUUAGCUAGGAAAUCGUAUAAUCAAAUACUCACUAAAGAAUUUAAAGACUUUUAAAGACUUUCUUCGCUUUUUCACACAAUUCAAAGACUUUUCAAAGACCUUAAAGACCUGGGGCCGGUUGUAUAAAAAAGUGAUUAAAGUUAAUUAUAAUUAAGUGCAAACGUCAUCCAAUAUAUUUGAGAGUUAAUCACUAUUUAACUACAAAAUAGUGAUUAAAAAAAGUGAUUUUAAAGAGUUUUAUACAACCGGCCCCUGAAUUCAAAUUUAAAGACUUUCAAGGAUUUCAAAGACUGCUACGAACCCUGUAAAAGCCUGAUAAGGGCCCGUUUAAGGUGCUCUCUCUCUCUGUUAGUAACCCACUCAGAUGUUUAGACCGAGUUCUUUCUCAAUAUUUUUUUGUUAAACAUACAUUGUGUCGUGCUUCGACGAAAUGGAAAUACGAUUUUACGUGUAAACAAAUAAACGUCCUUCCCUCUCCUUCAAAAGGUAAAACUAAAGUUUUUUCGUUAAAACGAAUGUUCUCUCCUAGACGAAUAAAGAUGGUAGAGCAAUGAUAACAGAUAUUGGGAUUCUCGGUCAAUUUAAGAAAACAGAGAAAAGCAUUAUUUAUCUUGCGCCUGAAGUGCUUGCAAACCUGGAGACACGCAGAAAGGAAGCAGAUAUUUACAGUUACGGCAUUACGUUGUGGGAGAUGUGGAAUGGCAUCCAGGCGUUUACAGAACUCAUGCCACUCAACAAAACCAGAUUUGAAGAAAAGAUUGCCGACGGGUAUCGUCCCAUCAAGUCUGACACGACGAUCGUUUUACCAGGAAUUCAAAACGUCAUGGAGGGCUGCUGGCAGUCACAUGCAAAUGAAAGAUAUUCAGCCAAAGAGUGCUACGACGCUUUUCAAGACAUUUUGGAAAGCCUUGAUGUAACAGAAGACACAUCUGACGACUCUUCUAUAUAGACUAGAUCUACAUUAGAUCAAUAUAGAGGAAGGUGAAAAUAUAAACACUAAUGAGACUGCAAUUCAUUGAACCAAACAUUAAUUAAGAACGCAAUUAGUUAGGGCCAAAUUAAGGCCUACAGUAUAUAACUAACAUAUAAGACGUAUAAUUAAACACACCAAAUAUAAUGCAUAUGUAGAAUUAAGGAACCAUGAGACAGCCUGGUUUGGGGACGGUUCAAUAUUGAUUAUUGAAAUAAAUUCGAUGUUACCACAUUUCAGAAUUCCAUGGUAAAAAUGAAAAAAGCACAUUGACUCGUUUAUCGUAUAGUUAAAGUGCAUGACAUGAAUUUUUUUAUUUUCUUAAAUGAAAGAACUCUUUAAGCUGUAG